GACUGCCCGAGGCACAGUAGGCCUACGUGGUGCCAGACGCCAGAUUGGCACAAGGGUGGAACUGUGGAAGGGCGGUCGAAGAUUCCAGUUCCCAUCUUCUUGUAUGUGCGUGGCGCCAAUCCUAUCUUGCUUUUAGCAGGAGCAAUACUAAUCUUAGAGAGCCAGAAGGCAUUGUAUCAUGUGUGUAGCAAUUUGAAGGUGGGGCCCUUCCAAGAGGAAGACCAAAAGAUUCUGCGGAGGCUGCUUGAGCUGGUUUGCUUGAGACCAAGAGAUGAAGGCCAAGAGGAAGCCUUCCGGAGUUAAGUCGGGGAAUGCUGCAAAUGGGAAAACAGGCCUGCAGAAUGGGAACGACACCUCUCCAGGAGGGCCUUCUUUGCUUGCCCUUGAUAAAAGAAAAAAUGGUUCUGGAACUGAGGCUGGGGCUGGAGUUGACGGAAAGGUGGAGGAAGCACCAACAACAUUGGCUAGCCUGCUUAAGGAGCUCGAAACACAGUCAAUGCGACCGCACGAUGCAUUUGGAAACCCAUUAGAUGGUACAACAGCCUUGGAAAGCGCCAGAAAGCUCCACGACAUUGUUUCCAAGAUCAGCGAAAUAGAGAAGCAAGUGGUGCACCCAAAGGAAAAGCAGCGGACACCAGAGAAGCGGCUGCAAAUACUGAAGCAAUGGCUCGAGGACAAGGGCGUUACGUUGGACGGCGUCGAGUUCCGGAGUAAUCUGCGGGAGGGCUGUGGGGUGGUCGCCACGAGAAACUUCCAGGAGGGCGAGCUCAUCUUCACGGUUCCGGAGGGCAUCAUGAUGUCACAGCUGACGGCGGCCGCUGCCAAGAAGGACUGCGCGGUGCUCAUCCAGGCAAGCGGCCUGGUGCAAGAGCUGGGGUCGCUGCAGCUGGCACUGCACCUGCUAUUUGAGAAGCACCGGCCGUCGAGUGACCCCUCUCCCUGGAAGGGCUACAUUGAGUCAUUGCCCGGACUGGACGAUGGUUACUUCUUGCCACUAGGUUACAGCAUUGAGACCCUGGAAAAGCUGGACGGAACACAGGCCCUGUACGACAUCUACCGCAAUCUCCGCAACUUCGUACGGCAGUAUGUCCAGUGUCGGAGCCUUCUUGCGAGCUUCGGACAUUACUCGCCAGCCAUCGCACGUGCCAACCAGUGGUUCUGCUACUCUGAGUGGCUCUGGGCGGUCUCGAUCGUGUUGGUGCGGCAAAACAACCUGCCGCACGCGGUUCAGGGGGCCAGCAAAAUGUCCCACAUCGUCGCGCUCAUUCCUGCCAUGGACUCCGUCAACCACGAGCCGGGCCCGAUCACCGCCAACUUCGACUUCGGGCAGAAGCGGAUGGAGCUGACGGCCAAGCGGGACUUCAAAGCGGGCGAGCAGAUCUACUUCUCGUAUGGGUUUCGCCCUGCCAGCCAACUCUUUUUGUACAACGGGUUCGUGCCAGCGGAGCUGUCCCCUGGGGACCGGAUAAAGGUUCCUGUAAGUCUGCCAAAGUCCGACCCACUCUACAAGAAAAAGGCGGCCCUGCUGAAGCUGCUGGAGGUGCCGACGGACGGCCUGUUGGAUCUGAUGGCGGAUGGCCGCCCCGGCCGCGCGCUGACCAUCUGGGUUAGGGUAACAGCAUUCACGGAAGAAGCGGACGUGGUGGAACACCUGCGGCUCAUCAUCGAGCAGAACACGCAGGCGCUGCGCGCACAGCAGGAGGCGGCGCUGGAACGGAAGGGAAGCGGAAACGGAAUUCCGACGACCAACGACGGAACCAGCGAAGGUGCCAAGGGUGGGGCUGACAGUGCACAAGAAGGAGGCGUACAGGAGAACGAGGUUCGAGGGAAUGGAAAGACGAAACCGGAACAGGAGAACGGAACACAGGCUGGGGGAGAGGCGGAGAACGGAGCGACAGAGGACCUAGCAGACAGCGAAACUGCGGAGGACGUGGAUCCGUCUCAGAGCGCGGAGCUCCAGCCGCGGGAGGCGGCCAUUUUGGUGUCCCUCAUCGAGCAGACCCUGGAGCGGUACCCCGACGUGCAAGCGAUCGAGGCGGCGGCGCAAGGAGACACCCCGUCCGAGGGCGGCGAAAAAGCCGGGCCCGCUUCCGAGGGGCCUGCAGCAUCGCUCGUGGGGGGUGUGCAAGGGCUGGGCUUAGGGCUGAAGGACCCCCUCGGGAAAGGCAAGAAGCAAGAAUUAGACAUCCGUAGCGUCAUUCGAAAGAGGGAGCUGACGACGUCCGCAGCGAUGGUGAAGCUGGAACGUCUCAUGCUCAGUCGGGGCGCUGAGAGGCUGCGAUCAGUAACCCACGACACUGCGGGUACGGAUAUCAAGUCGCAGGGCCAGAAGAGAAUAGGAACAGAAAAUGGGCAUGGAGGCAGUAAAGAGAAACAAAGAACGUAAGGGAGAACGUCAGACCUGUACGCCCCCGUCUGAGGGCAACCCGGCCUGUUGAGUGUUUGUGCAACGAUUAAUCAGGUACAAUUUUAUGGGCGAGCCCAGACUUUAGAGAGAAACGAAGGACGUCAACAUUUCGUUGCGGUACAGUUUCGGAGGAGGUCAUUACUUAAUGAGUAGGAAAGUCAAUUUCAAGUAGAGUUGAUCCGCGUUUUCCAGAGGCACAGUCUGACUUUCUCGGACGACGGGCUUAACACUGUGCCGUUGGCCAACUAUUGUACGCCACGUAUCAACUAUACUGAUGGCGGCCCUCAAAGACACUGUACUAGGACGCUAAAUUGUCCGUUGAUAUAUCGGCCAUGCACGUACACUUUGAAGCGCGCCAGCUCCAAAUAGCUUCACGUUUCG